AAGGCAUCUUUACAUUUGAAACCAUUGUCCAAAGAGAGUCUAGACGGGGCAAAAAAUAAUAACAAUAAUUAGCCAAUUAGAGAGAAAAUUUAGGAGCCCUGGAAGAAUCAGUACUACUCUGAGGAUCAGUCUGCAGCAGACUGUCAGCCUUUUUUCCCCCCAAAUAAACGAGAGCUCCUCUCACUGGGCAAAAGCCUUUCCAGGCUGGUCCCUGAAAGCAUCGUGAGUACAGAUGCCUGCUGGUUGCCAUGGUGAAUGAUGCUGAUCUGAAGAAAUGAAUAAUGUGAGCAUUGGGGGCGACAGCGGGAUUACUCAGACGGUGGCAAGAGAGACAUCAAGGAGAGCCCGGAGCAGAGGAGGGAAGACACCAUUCUCUCAGCUUGCAUCCACUCUGCCUCCGAAGGCUACGCUCUCCAACCAAAUCCUCCGCAAGCAUCAGGUAAGGGACAUAAAUGGCUCUUCUUGGACAUGGAAAUGGCUUUUCUUUUCACACUCUGCUUGGAGGAGGGCCAGGCAAUCGUAAUAUGCAUAACUACAAAUAGGGGGAAUUUCAAAAUAGAAGCAGAGGAAGAAAUAUAAAUACGGGAAACUGAUUUGGUCUAAAAGCUGAGGAUGCUGCUAAUGUCUUGACAGAAAGCUCUUAAAAAUAUCUGCUGCUGGGAACUCAGUCCAUAAAGGCGGCCAGUAGCAGAUGUGAGGCAAACAGGAGAAAAGAUUCAUGACAAGUAACGGGAUUCGCGAUCACUCUCGAUGGAAGGGUUAUACGAAAGCCGUUGCCUCUAUAUCAUUAGUAAUGAAUUAAGCUCUUUUCACUGUGGUGGGAAGUGUAUUUAUAGGGAUGUGUGGGGUCGUGGGGUGGAGUGGAUGGGUAUGUAUAAGGAGACAAACAUUUUAGUAUCCUUCGCAAUGACUUCCCUUGGAGGAAUCUGAGCACACCUGUCUCGUCCCCUUGCAUUCCCCAUUUUUCUGAGAGAAAAUUUCCAGCUUAAGAGAAAGGAACUGUUCCCCUUCUUGAGCAUUUUAGUUCCUUAGAGAAGAAAAUCAAGGACUGAAAAAUCACUCAGUGCCAUACGUCUCUCUGCAGCUCACCUCUUGGUCUAGGCAUACGAGAAUGAAAACAGAGGCUGGAGGGAAACAGGGAGGAGAGCGAGCAGCUUGAAAUAGUCAUCGGUUUGGCUUAAUAUCCAAUUCUGGUUAAAAUCUGAUCGACUACUUCUCACUGUGUCAUUGCAAUCUAAAACAAAACCUUCUAUGCUUCGCAUGAGAGGAGGGGCAGAGAACUGAGCUGGGUGAGACUUAUAUGUGAACACACACAGCUCGAAUAUGGCUGACCCUGAAUUUUAGAUUAGGGAAAUUCAGUGAUAGGGAGAGAGAAUUAAAAAGAAACAAACAGGCUUGAAGAUGGUGCUCUCUUACCAAAGCAAGAGGGCUGGAAAUCUGAAGAGGGCUCAUUCGAUUUGUCUGGAAAAACAGCAGUGGGUCUUAGUACCAGCACCUCAUUUCGCAGUAACAUUCUAUUACUAAACCUAGCAGCCUUGCAUUUGGAUAUCCAGCGGUUAAGUGGCUCUGAGUCUCGUACGUAUUAGCUGAGUCACCGCAGAUCAUUCAUCUGUAAAACAGGGACCUAGCUCAGAGGGCGUGAUGGAGAAUAAAGGAAAUUUAUUAUUGCAUGUUGAAAACCUAGCGACACAGCAGCUGCUUGCUAACCGUUGGCGGUUAUUACCGGUAUUAACAUCUACGGCACCCAUGGUAUUCAAAAUAGCAGUUACGCUGGUAGUAGGAGCUGAUUUCUUGACCUAUGAAACUAAUUUCCUGAGUGUCUUGGCUUUGAGAACACAAAUAAACAAAACAAGAGCAGAGGCUUUGCGGGGAAAUCAGCUGCCAGUGAGUGAUGAAGCAAGUCCCUCUCGCCUUGGGCGAAAGAACUGAGAGGCUGAAAAAGCAGUGGGCAGAAUGUUCUAGAUGGCUGAGCUCACAGCACUUGCAGCAGAUGCAGAAGGUCCAGAAGGGAAAUUUAGGUAAAACACUUGCUUCACUCGGUGCUCACAGAUCUAUGGUGACUAACUUAGGGACGCUGAGGUUGUCCUGAUUUCUCCUUUUAUUGCCCUUUUUUCUUCUUCUUUAAAGGUUGGGAACAACGUUACAUUUAAAAGAUCUGAGCCAGGGUGGGAUGAGGCUGAGGAAUGUGGGUGCAUCUUUUUUAGGCCUGAAGGCCACCAGCUUUGGCAUGAGGCAGCCCUGAUUUGGACUUCCGUUCUGCCAUUGUUUAGCUAUACAUGUCCAGCUGAAUGACGUCACCUCUUGGCCUCCAUUUCUUUGUCUGUAAAAUGGGGGUGAUAGUAGUCUCCAUCUCGAAUGCUCAGUAAGUGAUGGCUAUGAUGAUCAUUAAUAAAUACUUAAACAAGGAGAAGUCACUCUUCGCUUUGAUUCUGGUUCCAGAAUCAGGAUGAACAUCGAGGUUGGGAACGUUUCUUACACGGGAGCCAUCAUUUCCUGGUCGUCCUCGGAGCCCUGCCUGGAGGACUAUUACCAUAUUAUGUACAGGCCCAACUGGAACAGCAUCUUCUCUGGCUAUCUUCGCUACAGCUUCCACCACGAGGAGAAGGUGCCUCGAACAAUCAGCUCGGUGGUGCUGGAGCACCUUGCCCCUUCCACUCUCUACUUCCUGUGCAUCAGCUGCAAGAAGGUUGCCUGUCCCUACAGGCAUUACUGCACCAUGUUCCACACUCUGGAUAAGAGUCCGCUGGCUGCUGGAAGCUCCCUGGUAGACCCCCAGAUCUCCCUGUGGGUGCUGAUGGCUAUUCUGCUGGCCUGCUUCACAGCCGUCUUAGCUUUCAUCUGCCUCCAGUUCUGGUGCAUCCGCUGCCAUGAGCCUCGUUGGUCUUACAGAGCUGGCCACAUGGAGGAAGCCAAUGGGUUGGUGAGAUGGCCAGAGGAGGCCCCGGCUCUUGGUCAGAGGGAGGAAGACCUGCAGGGGCUCCCCCUGGUGGAAAUGCCACGCAAGGAUUCUAGAGCUGGAGUAGAACAGGAAGCUGAAGCAGAAGGCAACCAUGAUGCACCCAUGGGUGCCUUCCACAGGGAGGGUGGCGAUCGACCUGCCAUUCUGCCUCAUUUUGGGGAAUGAGAGGUGGGGAGGAAGCAGCCCAUGUUGUGUAGCUUAAAGCCCUCCACACAGUAGGUCUUUGGUAAAAAUGUGUCUGUAGACUAUCCACUUGUCUCCCUUCAAAUGUCAGUGUCUUCGUAGAUCACCUAGGUUUGAUGAAUGCCCUGUGACAAAGCCUCUCAUGCUGGAAGACAUA